UUUUCAUUUUUUCGUUUCAAAAAAACACGCACAAAAUGCCGCAACUUUCGCGCGGCAUGGCCGGCCGUCGCACCGGCGUUCCCGAGAAGCAGAACGUUCGCAAGAACGCGGAUGGACUCGAGGACGUUGGCGACUUUUUCGAUUCCGACAGCGACGGGGACGACUUUGGCGGCGACCGUCACGGACGAACGCCUGGCUCUGUGCAUCGCCGUCGCAUGUCAGUGGCGCCGGCAUCCACAGCGGCAGGUGCAGCGACGCCCAAGCCCAACCAGAGCAAGAGCGCAAUGGCCGUUGCAGCGCCGCGAUCGACGGCAAAAACUCCCAAGACUGCAUCCAAGACGUCGUCUCAGACUGAAACAAAGAACGCACCAGCACAUGCAGACGCCAUUCGACGCCGACUCGACUUUUCGGGCGAUGAGGACGUCGAGCCUCCAAAGACACCAAAGACACCUGCGGCAGCAAAUAAGGGAGCAUCGCGUAUGCCUGUCGCUCCUGCCUCUCCUGCCAAUAAGUUAGCCUCGCCGGCAAAGCAGGUGGUCGCUACAAAGCCAGCAGCUCCCGCCAGUGUUUUGUCACCCACACGACCGGCUCAGCGACCCUUGAUGACCAGCAGCACCACCAAUGAUGCUGAUAACGACGACGAUGAUGAUGAUGAUUAUGGUAGAGAAACCAACUACAAACCAAAGUCUGCUCGUGCGUUGGGGUUUGGCACGGCCGACGAGACGCCUUCACCAGAUGCCGGAGAUGACGACAAUUAUGGCGGAUUUGGCACCUUUUCGCUUGGAGGCAAGCAGGCCAAAGCCAAAUCCUCGGCUCCGACCAAAGCGCUCCAGACAGGCAAGCCGCAGCCUCCUGCUGCAUCCGUGACGCUGGCAAAGCCGCCAGCCAAAAAGCCCGCCAAACAAGACCAGGCUCUCGUCGACAUGUCGAGUGACUCGGAGAUGGAUCCCGCUUCUGCAGCACCGUCCAAGCUCACAGGAAGACGGACGCUUCCAGUCUCGGCGCGAUCUGGCAAGGAAACAGCCGACUCUGCUUCUUCCCCAGCAACCUCGCCACCACCCGCAAAAUCUAAAACCAACGCAAAAGCUGUUGGCAAGUCCCAAGCAGCUGCUUCUGCAAAGGAGACCGCCAAGCCGAGUGGGAAAUCCUCGUCCAAGGUCACCAAAAAAGCGGAGGAUGAUUUGCCUCCAGCAUCCAACAUGGCUCGAAAGGGCAAAGCCGCUGCGACAGCACCGAUGGACGUGGAUGACGACGGAGACUUUGUCGAAGAGAGCGCAGCCGCUUCUCGCAAGCCCGCUGCUGCAACCAGCGGCAAAGGCAAAAAGCAGCCACCGGCCUCGAAAUCGGCUGAACCAUCUGCUGUCGCAAAGCCACAAAAGCGUGCCGCGCCCUCUGAGCCAGAACGACCCGUCAAGCGGAGCCGCCAGAUAGAAGAAGAGAGCAGUGCAGAGUCUCAUGACGAAGGUCGAAAGAGUGGCCGAGUUCGAGCUCAGCCCGCAGAGUGGUGGAAGAGUGGUUCAGGUGCUGCAGUCAAAGAAAUCCAGCGCAACGAGAGCCCAGCCAAAGCUGCACCCAGCCGAAAGCCCCCCGCGGCGACCAAGACAACCAAGGCGAAAGCCGCGGCCAGCAAAGUUGCAUCACCACAACAAAAGACCAAAGAGGCGUCGCCAGCGCCCAAAGCCAAAGCAGAUUCGCCUCAAAUGCCAAAGCCGGUACCAGCCCAAAAAGCCAAAGCGGCGACACCUCAGAAACCCAAACCUGCCGCUCGUGUCGCUGCCCAGCCUGAGCACGUCGAGCCACGCGCCAGUCCCAAGGGCAAGACUCGCGGUGGUAGCAAAGCUGAAGCCAAGCCGCCAGCGGCCGCCGCCGCUUCUCCCAAGAAAGCCGUCCAAAAACCGGCCGCGCCUCGCAGUCCUGAGCGCACUGCCCGCGGCAAAUCGCGAGAAUCCCGCUUUGAGCCGGAGGAUGCCGAGGACGAGGGCGAAGAAGGAGACGAGCAUGCAGUCACCGAGGUGGACGGCUACGCGCCGCAUUUGCUGCAGCAACGCGUGUUCUUUGACCUGCUCAAACUCCGGCCGAACGCGUCUAAAGUUGCCUAUACCAAGGUGGCCGAGCGUGAGCGACCAGAAACGCAGUCGCAAGUUGCCAUCACCGAUCCUACUGGAGGAAUUGCGCAGCGAGCUAUUUGCAAGACGCCUGCGAUGGUGAAGGUGGAUUUGCGAUCGGGCACAAACGUUGAGGGAGAAAACCUGCUGGAAAUGACCCGUUUCGUGUCCAAUCCCGGUUGGGGGGCUGGUACCCUCACUUUGACGCCCCUCGCACUGAAGCAAAAUCAAAACGUUGGCAAAAACACAUUGCUUUUCUUUGUUGUAUUUGGGCAAUUAUCCGUUCAAAUCCACGGCAGCAGCUUUAUUGUGUCAGACGGCUCCUUCUUUUACGUUCCGCCCAACAACCAGUACGAGCUCCGAAAUCUGCUGGAUGGCCAUUGCAAGCUAUUCUUUGUCCAACUAUCUGGUCUACCGGCAACUCACUAAAGCAUGGUUGUUCGAGUGGGUUGCGAGUUUUUGGUUAUGAUUUGCUGUUUGCCGUGGUUCUCUUGUCGAUGCUCAAUGUUGUUUUAGAGUUUGCUGCUUCCAAGAAGUAAGGUUGAAAAAAAA